GAAACCGAGUUGGCAGUUUACUUCUAAAGGUGCUGUGUUACAUCGGGGAACAGAAAGAGCUGCGUUGGGUAAAUGUGAGAGAUUUUUCUCUCCCCUUUGUGUAGCUCUUUGCAUUGUGCAAACCUGGGGCACUGCACACACUUAACUCAUUUAUUAAUUCUCCACAGAUAGGUUUUGGUCAGUAUGUUUUUGUUACAUUUAUAUAUCUAUGAAGGAAUCAGAACCUGUGGUAUUUUGCUAUGCCGUCUUGCUUAUGUAGUUGGUAUGAUUUUAUAGGUUAAAUUUGUAAAGUAUAUUCAUCUGAGUCUAGCAGGUGGAGUAAUUUGUUAUUUUUGUUUCUUUCAGCUAUGUGUUCUCGUUUUGCCCAAGACCUUUGGCUAGAGCAGAACAUAAGAGAUUCUUUCCAGAAGGUGACACUGAGCAGAUAUGGAAAGUAUGGACAUAAGAAUUUACAGUUAAGAAAAAGCUGUAAAAGUAUGGAUGAGUGUAAGGGACACCAAGUAGGUUAUAAUGGACUUGGCCAAUGUUUGAAAACUACCUAGAGCAAAAUAUUUCAGUGUAAUAAAUAUGUAAAAGUCAUUCAUAAAUUUUCAAAUUCAAAUAGACACAAGAUAAGACGUGCUGAAAAUAAACAUUUCAGAUGUAAAGAAUGUGACAAAUCAUUUUUCAUGUGUUCACGUCUAACUCAACAUAAAAGAAUUCACACUAGAGAGAAUUUCUACAAAUGUGAAGAAUGUGGAAAAACCUUUAACUGGUCCACAAACCUUUCUAAAGAUAAGAAAAUUCAUACUGGAGAAAAGCCCUACAAAUGUGAAGAAUGUGGAAAAGCCUUUCACCAAUCCUCAAGCCUUACUAAACAUGAGAUUAUUCAUACUGGAGAAAAACCCUAUAAAUGUGCACACUGUGGCAAAGCCUUUAACCAGUCCUCACACCCUAGACACAAGAUAAUUCAUACUGAAGAGAAACCCUACAAAUGUGAACAAUGUGGCAAGGUCUUUAAGAAGUCCCCAACCCUUACUAAACAUCAGGUAAUUCAUACUGGAGAGAAACCAUACAAAUGUGAGGAAUGUGGCAAAACUUUUAACCUAUCUUCAUAACUUACUGAACAUAAGAAAAAUUACACUAGAGGGAAAACCUACAAAUGUGAAGAAUGUGGCAAAGCCUUUAACCAGUUUUCAACCCUUACUACACAUAAGAUAAUUCAUAGCGGAGAGAAACCCCACAAAUGUGAAGAAUGUGGCAAAUCUUUUAACCUGUCCGCAAAGCUUACUGAACAUAAGUUAAUUCAUACUGGAGAAAAACCCUACAAAUGCAAAGAAUGUGGAAAAACUUUUCACCGAUCUUCAAUCCUUAGUGCACAUAAGAAAAUUCAUACUUGAGAGAAACCCUACAAUUGUGAAGAAUGUGGAAAAGCUUUUAACCAAUCCUCACACCUUACAAGACAUAAGAUAAUUCAUAGUAAAGAAAAACCCUACAAAUGUGAACAGUGUGGCAAGGUCUUUAAGAAGUCCCCAACCCUUACUGCCCAUAAGAUCAUUUAUACUGGAGAGAAAUCUUACAAAUGUGAGGAAUGUGGCAAAGAUUUUAGCCAACUCUCAAACCUUACUCAACAUAAGAAGAUUCAUACUAGAGAGAAACCCUACAAAUGUGAAGAAGGUGGCAAAUCUUUUAACCAGUUCUCACAACUUGCUAUACAUAAGAUAAUUCAUACUUGAAUGAAACCCUAAAAAUGUGAACAAUGUGGCAGAUCUUUUAACCAGUUCUCAAACUUUACUACGCAUAAGAAAAUUCAAACUGGAGCGAAACCCUACAAAUGUGAAGACUGUGGCAAAGCUUUUAACCAAGUUUCAACACUUACUAUAUGUAAGAGAAUUUAUACUGGAGCAAAACCUUGGAAAUUCAAAGAAUGUGGCAAGACUUAUAAUCCUCAAAACUUCCUACGUGUAAGAAAAUUCAUGCAGGGGAGAAACCCCACAAAUGUGAAAAAUUUGGUAAAUAACCAGUUUUCAACCCCUUUUACACAAAAUUCACACUGGAGAGAAACCCCACAAAUAUGAAGAAUGUAGUAAUACUUUUAACCAAUUCUCAAACCUUACUAAACAUAAGAAAAUUGAUACUGAAAAUGUUACAAACCAGAGAGAUGUGACAAUGAUUUUAACAAAACCUUCCAACUUUUCUAAACAUAAAGGAAAUCAUACUGGUAAGAAAUUCUAAAAAUGUGAAGAAUGUAACAAAGCCUUUAAAUGGUUGUCACACUUGAUUGUAGGUAAGAUCCAUACUGGAGGAAACUCCCAGAAGUGGGAAGAAUAUGGCAAAACCUUAAUUCCUACACCUUAUUGCACAGGAAAGCAUUUAUACUUCAGAAAAAAAUUGUACUGAUAUAAAGAAUGUGGAAAAGCCGUUAAUAUGUGCUUACAUCUUAUUCAACAUUAGAGACUUAAUACUUAAUAAAAGCAUUAUAAAUUCAAUUACUAUCAAAAACUCA